AUGACUUCGCCUAUCCCACAAGCCUCAACCGCCGCCUCACCCGACCUGAUCCUCCAAACCCUCCGAGCGCAUCUCAUCCCUCAUCCAAUCCUCGCUUAUCUGCCCACAGUCCUCAACCUAUUUGCUCAUCUCCAACUGCUCUCCGACAAGAUCCAGAGUGAAGCGAUCCGAGCAUUGACUAUUCAUGUCAAGCUGGUCAAGAGAUUGAACAAAGAAGGAUGUCACCCUCAGGAACAAGUGCGUAGAGGAGCGCUGAACGAAAGAGAAGGGAAUGAGAUUAUAUCCGUUAAGAAGCGUAGGGAAGAGGCCAAAGGGAGGAUGUUAGCUUUUAGUUUGGAGUUUAGGAAACAUCACAUCGCAACUCUGUUAUCAACACCCAAAAUUCCAUUUGGUCAAGUUGAAAAGAUCAUCGAAUCGUACUUUCCUAAAUUACAAGAUGACAAUAACCGAAUUGUAAAAGAACAUCCAGCAUUGUAUAUACGAUGUAUGGCAUCUGAGCAGAUACCUGUAUUUGACCAUUAUGGGAAAUUAGUCAGGAGAUGGUAUGAAAGAGCCAAAUCACUGAAAGACGAAGAUAAACCGCCAUUUUUAUAUGUCGAUUUGUAUCCCGAUGACAGAGUUAAUGGGAAGACGAAACAAGAUAGUCUAUGCAAGAAUAUUUUAAGAGAAGCUGAAAAGGUCUUAGAAGACAUGGAAGUCUUACGAGAUAUCUUCGAAAAUGAUGAUAAUAGAAAGGGAUAUCAAAGUGAGGGUGAUAAGUCAGUAUCAGAGAGUCAUUCAUGGGGAAACAUAGGUGAAGUGAACCUUGACGAAUCAGAUGGUGAAAAAGACGAUGUAGGUAGACGAUUUACAAAAGCUGAGAAAGGGAAAGGUAAAGCGGUUGAUUCCAACCUUGGCCAAUCCGAAGAAAUUACAGCUCCCGCUCUUCCCACCAAGAUCUCCAUACCAACAGCUUUCCCCAAGAAAUCAGUUCGUCCCUCCACUCCUCCACCUACCCGCGUUCGACAACCUACCAAACCUCUUGCCAAGACCUUUACAGAGGUUGCACCGUCACGUAGUUGCCAACCGCCACAACAAGAGAGGUCACACGGAACGAUAGAUCUAACGGAUGACUCGUCGAGAGCUGCGCCUCCCUCUGCUCGAUCAGAUCCUUCAGCUCAUCUUCACUCGGACGAUAGGCGUAAAACAUUGCCUUCGACACUGGUCAUACCCAAUGUCACUACCUCGACGCCUAACAUAGUAACGAAGAAGCGACCUCGACAAUCUUAUCCUCUGACUGGGCCGGACUAUACUGCGCCUGCUCCAAAGGUCGGUGGAUCGGCGGUAAAGGAAAAGCUCAGACCGUUUGAAAAUAGCGAGUUGCCUAAGGCCAAGCGAACUAAGGUGUGA